UAGCCGUUCAGUGGGUAUGCGUUGUAGGGUUCUACAUCUACAGUAUCAAUUAACUGUGAAAAAAAAAAAACGCCGGCCACGUCAUUCUGCCGUAGCCGCGACAGUGUUAUCUCGUAGCGUACAGCGUUUUGAGUACAAAUAUCUUCCUCUAUUAUUUUUAUUUUUACGAUCGUCGACAGUUUUAAAGGGUUUACGCCGUUCGCGGUACACGUUACUACUUACACUUACUCUUAUUGUGUUCAUUCAUCAAAAGAUAUUUUGUUUUUUUUACCACCUCUUCCCGCAACCGACCGUUUUUUUUUUACAAAUCCGAAAUCCGUGUUUACCGACAAAUAGCCGACUGUUCCUAGACGGCGUCUGAGGCCGUCCGUCCGUCCCUGUCACGUCACCGACGAGGGCUAGUGAACAUACGCACCUACUUAUUCGUGUGGACCAAUAACGGUUCGUCACCGUUCCGAGUUUUUUGAGACGGUGACCACCGCCGUCAGCAAGAAACCAAAAUGAAUAUAUUCAGACUUUGUGGUGACUUGUCACAUCUGCUGGCCAUUCUGCUGUUACUCGUUAAGAUAUGGAAGACCCGAUCUUGCGCCGGUAUAUCGGGAAAAUCUCAAAUACUUUUUGCAAUUGUUUAUACAACAAGAUAUUUAGAUUUAUUCACAAGUUUUGUAUCUGUUUAUAACAGUUUUAUGAAAGUAGUGUUUCUAACAGCAUCAUAUGGAACAUUAUAUUUAAUGUUCUUCAAAUUUAAGCCAACAUAUGACCAUAACCAUGAUAGCUUUAGAAUUUUGUACUUAAUCAUACCAUCAUUGGUGCUAUCAUUUAUCAUUGUUCAUGUUUACACCGUGAUGGAGAUUUUAUGGACUUACAGUAUUUAUUUGGAAGCAGUAGCAAUUAUGCCACAACUGUUUAUGGUAUCUAGAACAGGCGAAGCUGAGACUAUUACUUCUCACUAUUUGUUUGCUCUGGGUUCUUACAGAGCACUUUAUAUAUUGAAUUGGAUUUACCGUUAUUAUACAGAAGAUUUUCUUGACAUGAUUGUAAUUAUUGCUGGAAUUGUGCAAACCAUCUUGUACUGUGACUUCUUUUAUCUCUAUAUAACUAAAGUUUUAAAAGGUAAACGACUGUCCUUGCCUGUCUAAACAUGGAAGGAAAACCUCAGACCAAAGUGUCAAUA